AUGGCUGGCACAUCUAACAUAGCUGGUAUCCCUGCACCUUUAGCUGAAGGACACUCUAUCACUAGACUACCUUUGUUUAAUGGUUCUAAUUAUUCUUUUUGGAAAGUGAGGAUGAGAAACUUUAUUCAAUCUGUUGAUAUUGAAGCAUGGCAAAGAAUUGUUAAAGGUCCUGAAAUUCUAUUAAAAUUGCAUGCUGAUGGUUAUAGAGAAAAAGUAGAAGAUGAAUAUAAUGAACUUGAUUGGAAGAAAGUUUCUUUAAAUGCUAAAGCUUUAAACAUUCUUCAUUGUGCACUUGAUGCAACUGAGUAUAAUCGUAUUUCAGGUUGUACAUCUACAAAAGAAGUGUGGGAUAAACUUGAAGUCACAUAUGAAGGGACUAAUCAAGUGAAGGAAUCAAAAGCAAAUAGGCUUGUUCGGGAAUAUGAACUAUUUGAGAUGAAACCUGGAGAAACCAUUUCAGAAAUGAGCACAAGAUUUAUUGAUUUGGUGAAUGUUCUCAAAGCUCUUGAAAAAGAAUUCACUAAAGAAGAGUUAGUCAAGAAAGUCUUGAGGUCACUACCUAAAUCAUGGGAAACAAAAGUUACAGUGAUCUUUGACACCAAAGAUUUCUCCAAAUUCACUUAUGAUGAGCUUAUUGGUUCUCUUAUUGCUCAUGAAAUGCUUUAUGACAAGAGCAAGAGCAAUGUAGAUGAUGAAAAAAAAAAGAGAGGAAUUGCCUUAAAGUCAAGCCAAGAGGAUGAAUUAAGGAAAACUAUAGCUUUUAAGGCUGCCUCAAGUGACAGCUCCAAUAGCUCAAGUGAUAAAGAUGAUCUUGCCAUGAUUACAAGAAGAUUCAAGAAAGCAUUCAAAAAGGGAGGUUCGAAAUAUAAGAAAUUCCUAAAGAAGUAUUCUCCCAAAGGUGAAACAAGUAAGGAUCAAAGUGAGAUUAAAUGCUUUGAAUGCAACAAACCUGGUCACAUCAAGCCAAAUUGUCCUAAACUGAAAAGGAAGAAUUCAAAGGACAAGAGCAAGAAAGCCUUAGUUGCUGGCUGGAUGGAUAGUGAUGAUUCCUCAAGUGAUAACUCUAGUGACAAGGAGGUUGCACACAUUUGCCUCAUGGCUCUAGAAGAGGAUAAACCAGAAAGUUCCCAACAAAGAGAAAUCAACACUGAGGUAAAUAAUUCUGACUCUCUUAGUAUUGAGGAUUAUGAAGAUGCAUUUGCCAAAUUAUAUGAAGAAUACAAAGUUUAUAAGAAAAAAUGUUCUGCUUUAAACAAAGAAAUUGCUUCCUUAAGAGCUGAAAAUGAUUCUAUGAGCAUUAUUGUACAAGAAAAUAAGUUUUAUAAAAAUCAAAUGCUCUUGUUUGAUGAGCUGAAUAAGGAAUUAGAAGAUUCAAAAAUUGCUUGUAAAAAACUCAUUGAGAAAAACAAGAUUUUAGAAACUAAGGUGGAAUCUUUGACAAAUGAUUUAGCUAAAUUCACAAAUGGCACACAAAUUCUUGAUACAUUACUUGGUUCUCAAAGAUUAUCAAAUCAAAAAUCUGGUCUUGGUUAUGAUGGAUUCAUGCACUAUGGAAAAUACAAAAAUUUCUUUUGUUAUAUUUUGAACAAUAAGAAAGAUAACCUCAAAAAGUUUGAUGUAAAAUCAGAUGAAGGUAUUUUUCUAGGAUAUUCAAUGCAUAGCAAAGCUUAUAGAGUCUUUAAUAGGAGAACUUUGUUAGUUGAGGAAACCAUUCAUGUUAUAUUUGAUGAAACUAACAACUUCUUGGAAAGAAAGAUUGUUUGUGAUGAUGAUGAACUAGGUAAAAUUUUUGGAAGAAAAAAGGAUGAGACUCAAAAGCAACAAAGUCAACCUAUUGAGCCCCAAAGUGCAAUUGGGAAUGAUGUUGAUAAUAAAGAUGCUAAUGAGAAAGAUCAAGAAGGAACAAAAUGGAUGAUAAAGGACAUGUCAUUAGAAAUAAGGCUAGAUUAG